CAGGAGCCUUUGGUUUCCUGUCUCUGCUUGCUCAUCUGAAACUGUAUGUGUUUUAACCUUUUUAGACUUGCAGUAUUCACGUGAUUUGUAAAACCUUACUAAGGAUUUAUUUCACUGAUGCUUCAUAUGGACUAUACUUGGAAAUGUUAGAUCUUAGUAAAAUGUGAAUUCAUGCAUAUCAUCUGGAAAUAGUGCUGUACUAAUGGGUAACAACAAAGAAGAAGGAAAGCCCAAAUCCACAACUAUGUUGAUAUUAUCCUGGAAAGAAAGGUUUUAAUCAAUCCAUCAAGGCUCCGGUUCUCACCAAGAAAGAGUGAGAAAAAUGUGUGACAGUAUCAGGGAUUACCUGCCUCAGCACAGGUCAUUCAGUCCUGGCUCUCCAAAUGCAGCAAAGCGCAUUUACCGCUCACUGUCUGGCAGAUUAAAAGGUGGAUGUACUUCCAGUGAAUCAGACAUUAUCAGAAAACUUGAAAAGAAAAAAUACAGGAAAUCUACUGCUCUGUACAUUCAGAAUGCAACCCUAUUUGAGGCUGUUGAACACGACAAUAUUGAGGAAGUUCACCGGAAACUAAGCCUGUGCCAAGUGGAGGAUGACCUGAAUGAAGUCAAUGAAGAUGAACUAGUACCACUGGACAUUGCUAUCCUUACUCACAAUGCACCCAUGGUAAAAGCAUUGAUGAGAGCUGGAGCCAAAGGCAACCCAAAGUAUGUAACUCCAGAAGAUUGGGCAUCUCAUCUGAGUACUAUUAUCAAGAAGGCUGAAAAAAAGGUAGAGGAGGUGACUCAACUCAUAAGCCAAGCAGAGGAGAGGGAUCUGCUUCAGAUAAGGAAACAGCUCAAAGCCUGCAAACUAAGACAUUGUCUUUACAUGAGAAUGAAAACAGGUCUGGAAAAUGCAGGCAUUUCCUUGAAGACAGUUUACUUAUCAGAAAUCCCUGACUACCCGUCUGAUGUUACCGUGAGUAUAACUAGCAACAACUCCCUGAGAGUCACAUUCAGAGAGCCAACAGACAUUACUGUGGGAGUGAUCACAAAAUACAAAGUGGAAUGGAGUUCCUCUGAACUGUUUGAGCCUUUGACUGGCUUUGCUGAGAUUACAGAUUUAAGGAACCUGCAAUACACUAUUAAAGGACUUGAUACCGGUACCCCUUACUAUGUACGAGUGUCAGCAUACAGCCUGAAGGGCUGGGGACAUGCCCAGAUGUCUCAUCCUCCAUGUCACAUUCCCUCCAGUUGGAAGGACUGUGAUCAUGUUAAGAGGCGGCAAAAGGAACAAUCAACAGCCAUAAACCAACUAUUGGACCAAGUUAAGGAUGUGCACUGUCAAAGCUUCUUUGCAGAAACCUUAAAGUGUCAAAGUCCCACCAAAAAAGUGUCCGUGGCAAAGAGUCUAAAGCAACUAUUCCAGUCUAGUCACAAGUUUGUCAAGACUUUAAAAAGAGGCGUGUAUCUUGCAGCUAUUCUCUACCGAAGAGACAACAUCCUGGUAACAAAUGAAGACCAGAUCCCAAUUGUUGAGAUUGAUAGCUCAUGCACUGCAUUUGUCUGCCAGGAAUUCCACUGGUUCAGUAAGGUACGGAGGCUUAUUAGUUAAUAUAUUUUUUUAAGAGGCCAGUACUUUUUUUGUAUAAUACACUGAGAUCUAGA